AUGAUAAAAUUUUAUUCGGCACGUGGAUGUACACUUUCGCAUAUAUAUAUAAAAACUCUAUUCUCGAUUGAGAAUGGCAUAGAAACCACAACGCAAAUUACGGCUUCUGAGUUAAGGCAGAAUAUAGUGCCAUUCGUUGGAUCAUGUCAUCUUAUUGUAUCUUUAAAUAAACGACAUGAAAAUAAUGUUAAUGAUGCAGCUGUUAUUUAUAAAAACCACACUAAAGAUUGCUAUUUUUGCUACGAAUUUAUUGUUAGGAGUCCAAAUGUUAUUCAAUACAGAAGAAGUGAUUGCCAAAUUGCGCCUUUAUCGGGAAAUAUAAGUAGUUUAUGCUCACUUAUAUCCACCAUUGAACUUGAAACCGGGUUUGUUCAAAAUCGCGAGGACGCUUCUGAUUUUAAUUGCAAAAGCAUAAUCGAGGGUGUCUAUGCGUUUGACUAUCGCAUAGUUGGAAGCACUGGUGUAUGCUCCAGUCCUAACAGCAUUAUUAAGGCAUGUCAGAGGCAAGGAUCACCGUUGCGAGAUAAUUCUGUUUUUACACAAACUUAUGGAUAUUGCCCGGAUUUUCAAGAUAUUUCUGCGACUGAAGAUCCAAAUAUAGUUUAUGGAAAGGCAAAUAUUUGGCGCUGCUAUGGGCGUUGGGUUGACAAAGAUGGAUCAAUUUGGGCUGCGAUCGAAUAUGAUACGAAUCAGCCUAAAUUAAAGUUUAGAUGUAUGACAACUAGAAUUGACCAACAAAAUCCAGAUGACUCUAUACACUGGGCAUAUUUCCCACGUUAA